UAUAACUGACCAAACUUCUGGACAAAGAUACCUGCUAUUAGGGCGUGUUAUACUGUCAACAAAACCUUUCUAGACUGUCUUCAAAACCGGAACCGGAAAUGUCAGCCAUUACGGCUUUGCACGUAUCCGAAAUAAUACAGUCUACCACUGUAGCUUUCGUGAAUGCUACUGGUUCAACAAACACUACUGAUGUCGGGAAGGAGUUGUCCGUUCUACUUCCGGCGUUAUGGAGUGUGCUCAUCGUCAUUGGAACGGUCGGAAACGGACUCGUCAUUUACACCGUCGGAAAAAACGGCGAAAUGACAGCGACGAACUGUUACGUGCUAAAUUUGGCGGUGGCAGAUUUGUUAUUCCUGGUUAUUGUCGUACCAUUUACGACCAUUGGAUUCGCUACAAAAGACUGGAUAUUUGGAGACGCCAUUUGUAAAAUCUACGUCUAUAUGAUCUAUGUGACUUUGCACGCUACAUGUUUGACCUUGACCGCCAUGACCGUUGACCGUUACCAUGCCAUCGUACACCCAGUCAGCUCUAUGAACUGGCGAUCGAGGAGGGCGUCAUCGAUCGUCAGUAUAGUUGUUUGGGCAAUCUCAUUGAUGAUCUCUAUACCGUUUGCUAUAUACCAUGGAACUGUCAAUCAUCUGAACGCCAACAAAAAUGUGUACUGUGCCGAGGUCUAUCCGAACGUCACUCUGGACAACGUGUCCUCCGUGGGCGUCAUCAUUACCACCUACGUGUUCCCAUUGAGUGUAAUUGUCAUCUGCUAUUACAGUAUCCUCAAAUAUAUUUGGAACGGAAGGGCUAAGCGCAGCAGUAGCUUCAAACAAGAGGAGGACUGUAACGGGUCGGCCCCGUUAUCGAGCGAGUCUCAGGUCCGGCGCAGACGGCGAGUAACCCGGAUGGUGGCCGUGGUGGUUCUGUUGUUUGCUACGUUUUGGUUCCCAAUCCAUGUUUACAACUUUUGUAGAAAAUUCGUCACAAUUCCUCAAACUUCUUUAAUGUACGGUAUUAAAAUAUUCGCUCAUACUUUAUCCUAUGCAAACUCGUGUGUAAAUCCAUUUGUGUAUGCAUUCCUCAAUGACGGGUUUAAGAAAGCGUUCGCGAAGACAUUCCCCAGUCUGUACCCGUGGUGCCCAUGUAUGAGAACGGUGAGUGACGAGCGUCACACCCAAGUAACCGGUAUGGUGGACCAGGCCAUCCAGGCCAUGCCCGAAGACGAAAACGACGUUGUCGUGACAAAGUCGGAAGUGUUGCCAAUGACGCGAGUCCAGCCUCAGACUGACUUAUGACUACAAGGAUUCUAGACUGAUUGUAUUAUUUUCAUAAAUAUGCUCAAUUUAGGAGGCAGUUAUUGCGGAAUAUGAAGCAGACAUGCAAAACGGUAACAGUCAAUUGCACAGUAUUCUAUUUGUUAUUACUUCACCGGAAGUGACGUCAAGACAACGCCAUCACCGAGCACAGGAUCAUAAUUCAUAAAUUUUUUCUGCUUGUAAUACAAGCUGUCAUGAUAUCAGUAACAUUGUGACACCAUUACACACGAAUUAUAUAUAUGUUUUACAGGAAGAAAGUUGUUCCUUUUACUCUAUUGCAUUAAUAGGUUGAUUAUUUAAUGGAGAAAAACACUGGGUACAGGUAAAGAUUUCAGGUCGUUGUGCAUUAACAUAUAUGUAUAUAUGUAUAUAUGUAUUUGUGGGUGUAUGUGUGCAUAUGCAGGUACGCGUGUGUGAAUUGAGACUGUUUCGUGGUACAACAUGUGCAAUGUUGAGUGUUUUAUACUAUUUUACUACUUGCUUUUGUCGAGGUCUCGGCGCUAUUUUAACCAGGUUUUGAAGUAUCAAUACCUGGUAUACUUAACGCAUUAAGUUGAUGUAUUUAAUUAAGAUGUUUUAAUUUUUGGAAUACAUAUGAAAAUAUUAGACCAAACAAGAGUAUACGAUGAUUUUGUGUUAACGACAUUGAUAUGUAAUGUUUAUUAGUGUCAUUCAUUUAUAUUAGUUACUUAACAGGAAGAAAUUAAUCCCGGAAGUGAUGCUUCCCGGAAGUAAUCUCCAACAUGUUGUUUAUCAAUCUUUAUAAUUUGAAUGUGCUUUCAUGUGUUUUUCAGACUCGCUUGUGGAUAUUUUGGCAUAUUUAAGAGAUGAUUUUAACAUUUAACCUUGAUAACUUUCUAUAGUAAAAAUAAAUUAAAUUUAUUAUGUACCUAGAAUACGACGGAAAAAAGUUAGUGUGUGUAUAUUCAGGUAUGUGUGUAACGUUGGCUGGGACAGAUGAGGGAGUUAAUAUAACGCGUGUAUAUGAGUCCAUUUAUAACACUAAUGUUAUUUUCGUACAUUUUCAUUAAUUAAUACUUAUGUGAUGCUGUUAUGUAGUGAAAGAAAGGUUAUUUGAUUAAAUUUUAAUUGUUUACGUUUUCGUUUAUCCCUGAUCUACAUUGCAUCGAUAUAAUAUAACGCAUUAAGUACCUCCUACAGUGUGAUUGAAACAAAUUCGCUGGUAAAAUUGACAAAUAUUUAUCUUAAAAUAUAUAUCAUUCAAGAUAACAACUGAUGAUAAUAAUUAUUUUAGGUUUUUAAAUUCUUUAUUUGACAUUUAAAAGUACAAUGGCUGAGCAUUUACAAAACACCGUUAUUGGAAAGUAUCUGUUUGUUUUACCUGUCGAAUUUCUCACAAUACAUGCAAAAGAGGUUUUCAAUUCGAACUGGCCAAGUUUUUGUGUUUUUAUUGUCAUUAUUGUUUAUCGAAUAUACUGCUAAUAAUUAUUCAUAUGUUGAUAUUGUGUUUUCAUCAGAUCCGAAAUUAAAAA